CAAUCGAAUAAUUUUUUUUUUUUUUUUUUCUUCAAGCCUACCAAAGCUCGCUCGUCGUUUAUUGCUCCACAAUUUAAAUCGGCUUUUGAUCUCCAUGGGCUUGCAUCCUUCCAAGGACGCUUCUCAGGACUUCGACCAAGGAUCGUUGAUACCCACUGGCAUUUAUGCUAAUUCCGUUCAAGAUUACGACUAUCCUUCUGUACGCCAACUGAUCUUACAGCGAAGGCUGGCUCCAUUCUAUGAAGGUACCCCCACCCUGUACAAUGUGAAACCCCACACUUUCAAUAAUAACCCUUUGUGUUUUACAGGGCAGCAGGAUAUUGAUUAUCCUUCUCAGCCGGUAUCGACGAAUGAUGCCAUGUCUUCGCAGUCCAAUACACUCAGCCGUAUCACUUCUAAAACUCACACCGCAACCAUCAUAAGCCCGCGAAGCAUCUUACCCACUGUCUCGAAAUACCGCCAUCAUCGCAAAAACUCAUUACCACCUGCUCCCAAAUAUGAAAAUGCUGUUGAAUGCCCAAUCUGCUUUUUGUUUUAUCCUGCCAAUAUCAAUUAUACUAGAUGCUGUCAUCAGCCAAUUUGCUCGGAAUGCUUUGUUAAUAUUAGACAACCUGCCGAGCGUUCCACGGCCACGGCAAAUUGUCCAUUUUGUGUUGAGCCAAACUUUGGCAUCGUAUAUCAUCCGCCAAAUUUAGCAUUGCAAAAUACCAGUGCCGAUCAGGAUCAAGGAAUCGUCACAGUGGACCUUAUACGGCCCUACCACACUCGCUUAAUGCAACAUCGACACCAUGGCAAUUCUUCAGCCGCAGAAUCGGGCAGAGGCUCUACGAGGCGCAUCGUUGUUCGGCCUGGGCAUGACCGCGAGCUCUCACCUAGUGCACAGGAUUACCGUGAUUAUUUGACUGCUAUGCGGCAGAUGAAUAUGGAUUUGGAGGAGUUAAUGGUCAGUAUUAAAUUGAGUCAAAUGCCAUUAAGGUUUAAUAGACUGACAGUUAUGUCGCUAGGUAAUGGAAGCUGUUCGAUUAUCCUUGAUGGAACAACAAGUCGAUCCACCUCCGUCUGAUAGCGAUACCAAUCCAUCUGAGGAGAAUACAUUGGAAACAUAACUUCUGCACCAUCUUAUAUACUUAACACACCGCCAACUAAUUACAAGGCUCUCUGUAACAUAUGGUUUACGCUGCCCCCAAUGUACAAAUUCAAA